UGGAUCCCCUAAUCCAGAUCUGCCUAACUACCUAGCCAAUAGGUGGCAAUCCUGUUCUCCACCCAACCCAGACAAACCAGUUCAUGAGCGCCUUCAUCUUGAAGUCCCACCAGCAACAACAUGCCGUCACGGAACCUUAUAGGAAAAUUUUAAGAGCCAGAGAAAGUGGUCCUUCUCUGAGGAGACAGCAGCGAUGGGGAGUGGAAUCAGUGCUGAGGACAAAGAACUUGCCAAGAGGUCCAAGGAGCUGGAAAAGAAGCUGCAGGAGGAUGCUGACAAGGAAGCCAAGACUGUCAAGCUGCUGUUGCUUGGUGCUGGAGAGUCAGGAAAGAGCACUAUCGUCAAACAGAUGAAGAUCAUUCACCAAGAUGGCUACUCACCCGAAGAAUGCCUCGAGUUCAAGUCUGUCAUCUAUGGGAACGUGUUGCAGUCCAUCCUGGCUAUCAUCAGAGCCAUGUCCACACUAGGCAUUGACUAUGCUGAACCAAGUUGUGCGGAUGCCGGUCGGCAGCUCAACAACCUGGCUGACUCCACUGAGGAGGGGACCAUGCCUCCUGAGCUGGUGGAGGUCAUCAGAAAGUUGUGGAAGGACGGUGGAGUUCAAGCCUGCUUUGACAGGGCUGCAGAGUUCCAGCUCAAUGACUCGGCAUCUUACUACCUGAACCAGCUGGACCGGAUUACAGACCCUGACUACCUCCCUAAUGAGCAGGAUGUGCUUCGAUCUAGGGUCAAAACCACGGGCAUCAUCGAGACCAAGUUUUCUGUUAAAGAUUUGAAUUUCAGGAUGUUUGAUGUGGGAGGACAGAGAUCAGAGAGGAAGAAAUGGAUCCACUGCUUUGAGGGAGUCACCUGCAUCAUUUUCUGUGCUGCUCUCAGUGCCUAUGACAUGGUGCUGGUGGAAGAUGAUGAAGUGAAUCGCAUGCAUGAGUCUCUGCAUCUGUUCAACAGCAUCUGUAACCACAAGUUCUUUGCGGCUACUUCCAUUGUUCUCUUUCUCAACAAGAAGGACCUCUUUGAGGAAAAAAUUAAGAAAGUCCACCUCAGUAUUUGUUUUCCGGAGUAUGAUGGAAACAACUCCUAUGAGGAUGCCGGGAAUUAUAUCAAAAGCCAGUUCCUUGACCUCAACAUGAGAAAAGAUGUCAAAGAAAUCUACAGUCACAUGACCUGUGCUACAGACACACAGAAUGUCAAAUUUGUGUUUGAUGCAGUUACAGACAUUAUCAUCAAGGAAAACCUCAAGGACUGUGGGCUCUUUUAAGGCUCAGUUCCUCAGGUAGCCUCAAGUCUGAGACUUCAGAAAAUUAGUCACCAUGAACCAGAUCAUAUAAGCCCAUUCUGCUGGAGAUACAGAGGGCAUGCUUAUAAUUGUUUUUCAAGUAAUAUGGCUAGUACACUUUAAAGAACACAUUGCCAGAGAUCCUAAGGCCCAGGUUCCAGUACUGGUUCUGCUUAGUACAAGAAUAGAAAUGCUUCAUUUCUUUUAAGCAAAAGUCCCUCAUCUAUAUAAUAAAGGUUAGCUUCCCCACCUACUUUACAGAGUCAUUCUGAAGAGCACAAAUCUAAUAGAGGAGAAAGCACAUGAAAGCUGCUGUGGCUGGCCAUGGAAAGCCACCAUGAAGGCUGCAACCGAGAGACCACCACACUGGGUUAUUAGAAUGCUCUCUCUCAAAGCCUAACAGCAAACCUUCCUUACACUGAGAGAUGAACCAUUAACAAUUAGACAAGUUCCUGUGUGUUUACUGGCAGGUGUAUAUGCCUCAGCUCAGAGACCUGGAUCACAGGACGGAAGAUGUGAGCCUGCUCGUUCCUAAAAAACUCAUUCAGAAAUUACCACCUUUAUUAAAAACAAAUUAUCCCUCC